AUUAUUAUUUCACUUCACGACUAUUUAACUGACGUCACCGGUAGUCAACGAGAUGCCCGCUUCACCAGCUCCACGUCAGUUCGCUGCUAGUCUCCACACAGUCCACACCUCAACGCUGUCUGCUGUUCCGCUCGUCGACCACCUGGCUUCUGUUCACCGGCUUUCUCUUAGGAGUCAGCCUGACGUGAGAUGUCGGAACGGGAAAAGGGCUCAGGAACGCCUCGGCGUCCCCCCUCACCUGCUUCGGGAGGGAAGCAACGUGAGAAGGACCUUCUAGAAGGCGAUGGCAAGCGGAGGAAGGCCUCCCGGGAUAGUUCCAGUACUCAACCACCUCCCGCCUGUCCGCAGUCAGCUGCGGGCCCGAGCCACAUCGGCGAUACAGCGGUGCCUCCUUCGAGUGAAGUAACUUUGGACAAGCUUUCUACCCUUUUGGGUGCUCUAAUUGAAAGAUUAGACCAGCCGGCAGUCCCUCCAGUGUCGGUGGAGACAAACUUCACCUUCCCCCAUUCUGAUGAUGAGGCAGCUGAAGCGCCUCGGUGUCUGCCCGAAGCUGAUCCCCUUGACGACCUCGAUCUGCUUACUGCCCCCGCUACACAGUCAACCGGUGAUUCGGUGGUUGAUGCGGAUUUCCAGAAAGCUCUCGAUGAGUUUGCUGGCCACUUCCGGGGUGAGGAAGAGACAGGUGACCCCUUAUCUGACCGCCUGGCUGGCAUUCUUAAUGCCAGUCUGAGACGUCGGCCCUCUUCUGACGGUGUGAAGCUUACAUGUGAUAAGAUCAAACUCCCGAGUAAUGUACCCAAUUUAAAGGUCCCAGCGACUAAUUCUGCCAUCACAAAGGCAAUGAGCGUCGGUGGAAAGCUAGUUGACACUCGGCUGUCACUUACUAAUAAACUGUUGACCAAGGCGUUGGUCCCCAUUGCCUGUUGCAUCAGUGAUAUUGGUGAUAAGAAAGACAAGCCUGUAAACUACUACCUUGAUGGUCUUAAUAACAGCCUGAGGCUACUGACUUCCGCUGUUAACUACAUCAAUCAGCUUCGGAAAGAGGUUGCUCGAACUCAUGUGAAUGAUUCUGCCUUGGCAGAGCUCUGCAAUUGGGAGUGUGAGGUCGGCAAGGAUGAUUUAUUCCCGUUCGAUGUGAUUAAGAAGUGUGAGGAAAUUCACAAAUCCAGGAAACUUGGGCGGCCCACCUUCCGCCCUUACAAAGCUCCUGGAAAACGAUUUGCUUCACCUCGCCAGUUACCCUCACGCCCCUCACUCUCAGCAGCCGAGACCACGUCACCAAACAAGGUCUUUUUUAGGCCAGAGGCCUCCCCAGGGGAAGGGGAUGCCGAGACACAGAGCUCACCAGUGAAAGUACCUUUGUAUUAUAUCAAGGGUCCUCCAAAAGCUCCAGGAAGACGAAGCUACAGUGAUGGUGAUUCUUCCUCUAUGGCCGACUCAAGUAUGGUUCCCGACAGCCCUCCGCUUGCUAACGGCACCUCCUGUGCUUCUCCCCCGUCUUCCUCUCGUGCUGCCACAAAAUCCAACUCUCACACAUCCUCGGUCUCAAGUGUUGAUCUUGACAGCGAUGGUAUUAUCAGGGAAUCGUACCAAAGUCGCGGCCUUUCGCCGGAAGUUGCCGGAUUUCUGCUGCACUCCUGGAGGGAGAGCACGAGAGUACAGUAUGGGUCGCAUAUUAAGAAAUGGUUGUCAUUUUGCUUCGGCAGGAAAAUUGAUCUCUUUCAGCCAUCUUCAGCUGACCUUUUAGAUUUCCUCCUUUCCGAAUUUAGGAGGGGUGCAGGUAGGACUUACAGCUCCAUCAACACGUUACGGUCGGCCAUCUCGGCAGUGGCAAGUAUCAAUGGCCAGCCGGCAGGACAACAUCCCUUAGCUACAAGGUUUAUGAAAGCAGUCUUUCAGGUGAGACCGUCCUUACCCCCGCUACGGUACGACCUGGGAUCCUCACUUGAUCUUGGAUCACAUCAUAGGUCUUGGGCCCGAUAA